ACGAUGACGUGAUUUAGUUAAUUUGAUUGAAAAAUGCGUUUACGACUCCGUUAAUACAAAGUGAUUUGUCUACGUUGUUUGUACUGCCUCGUAUCCUAGUUACUUAGUAUAUAUUGUGUUUUGGGUUUAAAAGCUUUCCUGUCCCUUGAAAUUCGUAGAAAAGGUACAAUAAUGAGCGACAAUGGAGCAGCACAAAGUAUCGAUCUUGAAAACUGGAUGAGAGAUCUUCCUGAGCAAUUGAAAAAUAUUCCACUGAUUUAUUUAGCGAUACCAGGCAGUCAUGAUUCAAUGACAUAUGGGAUAACAAGAAACAGUAGCCUGGCGCCAGAUGCAGAGCCUGUUCUAAAGAGACUGUACCCUUUAUUCCAAGGUACGAUUUUACGGUGGACAAUAACACAGGCUAUUGAUGCCUUACAGCAACUACUCAUUGGCAUUAGGUACUUUGAUCUGAGGUUAGCAACCAAAACAGGUGUGGACCAGUUUUUUUUCACCCAUGGGAUGUACGCAGGUGAAAUAUCUCAACCACUAAAUCAAGUAAAGGAGUAUGUUGAACAACAUCCACAUGAGGUGGUUAUAUUAGAUUUCCAACAUUUCUAUGGAUUUAGUACAGAAGACCAUCAGAAGCUCAUAAGAUAUGUGCUCAACUUGUUUGGCCCUCAACUUGUACCGAGACAGCCUGACUUAAAUGGUGUGACGCUUAAUUCUCUACAAAGAUUAAGACAACAGGUGAUAGUUGUGUACCGACACCCUUCGGUACUGUCAACAGGCGAAUUCUGGCAGCCGCAAAUGCUACCGUCCCCGUGGCCUCGGCAGGACAGCAUCCGGGGCUUACUAGAGUUCCUCAAAAAUGUCAAGCGACAUCCCGGCAUGGGUUUUGUUCAUCAAGCCGUUUUAACGCCUACGCCUGGCUUUAUUAUAUUUAGGUGGAUUUCCAGCUUAAGAGAGAGAUGCGCUAAGCCUGUCAGAAACGAAAUCUACCCUAGACUAGCGGAAUUUUCUCCAGGAAGGCCCACAGACAGAGAUGGGAUGACACCUGUCAAUGUCAUUAUUGCCGAUUUCGUUGAAAUGAACGAUGCCAUAUUCUCCAAAUCAGUUAUUCACCUUAAUAUGAAACUAUUAAGAAAAACAGAUUCCAUAACACACACCUAUGGGUAAGAUUAAUCGUAAAUCUAAUUAUUUUACAAUUUUAUUUAAGUUUGUCACAAAAAGAACCAAAAACUUGUACCUGCAUUAUCAGUCGUUUACAAUUAUUUGCUAUUAUUAUGUUUGUUAACGAUUUUUUUAUUUUUAUACAAACCAGAUUGUGUUGCCUGUUUUGUAGUACAAAGGAUAUGUAAUAAAAAGUGCCUUAAUUAUAUAAUAAACAAUA